AACACACACUUUUACACUCAUAAUUUGCUGCUGGUGCUCUGUUCUUUAUUUUAUUCUUAUUAUCGAUCCUGAUGUCUAGUCACUUUACCCUGCCUUCGUGUACAUAUCUACCUCAGAUACCCCGUACCUCUUCAUGUUGAUCUGAAUCCGACUAAUGAAUACACCCCUGAAGUUCAAUCAAAUCCGCAAUUUCUUUUUUUUACUGUCAGAAGAUAGGCUACUUGCACGGCGAGCUGACACUUCCUCCAGCUUUGGCAACAUCCGGAUUCCAGUCGAGAUGGUCAUGGCGGAGGGUGCAGCUGUUAUGAGGAGGAAUCGACCAGGGACUAAAGAAAAGGACUUCUACAACUGGCCCGAUGAGUCAUUCGAGGAGAUGGACAGCACACUGGCUGUGCAGCAGUACAUCCAACAGAACAUCCGUACAGACUGCUCCAACAUGGACAAGAUCCUGGAGCCCCCAGAGGGUCAGGAUGAGGGGGUCUGGAAGUACGAACACCUCAGGCAGUUCUGUUUGGAGCUGAACGGACUUGCUGUGAAACUACAGGGAGAAUGCCACCCAGACACAUGCACCCAGAUGACGGCAACAGAGCAGUGGAUCUUCCUCUGUGCUGCACACAAGACUCCCAAAGAGUGUCCAGCCAUCGACUACACCAGACACACUCUGGACGGAGCUGCCUGCCUCCUCAACAGUAACAAGUACUUCCCUAGCAGAGUGAGCAUUAAAGAGUCCUCAGUAGGGAAACUGGGUUCAGUUUGCCGGCGGAUCUACAGGAUAUUCUCCCACGCUUACUUCCACCAUCGUCAGAUCUUUGACAAGUAUGAGAACGAGACGUUCCUGUGCCAUCGGUUCACGCGCUUCGUGAUGAAGUACAACCUGAUGUCCAAGGACAACCUGAUCGUACCCAUCAUGGAGGAUGAGACUAACCCUAACGAAGCAGAGGGCGAGAGCGACGCCUGAGGACUAGGGAUCUGAAGAGGAUCUGCUACACCCUGCCAAACUAUUUCAAACACAUGGCUGUCUCACACACCCACCCACAACCACACAAUACACUAAAGUACACUAAAAUCACCAGUUUUUAAGUAGAAUAUUUUCAAUAUUGUAUGAACAUCCUAAUUUAGCUUGUAUGUUUCAGAGAACAAGACAAUGUUGUGGUUAAAUGACUAACCAAUAUACACUGUGGCCAGUUAAUUAGGUACACCCAUCUAGUUCCGGGUCAAACCCUGCUUUGCCACCAAAACAGCCUGUCGGAAACGUUCCACAUGGAUGUCGGUCCAUGCAGACGGGAUGGCAUCACGCUGUAGCUGCAGAUUGGACGGCGGGGACAUUGAUACUGCAAACAGCCCGGUCUACCUCAUCCCAAAGAUGCUCUCUAUUGGGUUUGGUCAGCAACAAUGUUCAGAUACGCUGUGACGUUCGAUCGUUGCUAAAUUGGUAUCAAGGGACCUAACGUGUGCCAGGAAAACGUUCCCCACACCAGUACACCACCGCCACCAGCCUGUACCGUUGACACCAGGUAGGAUGGGUAAACGCACUCAUGCUGCUUACGCCAAAACCUGACUCUGUCAUCAGCAUGAACCGGGAAACGGGAUUCAUCAGACCAGGCAAGGUUUUUCCACUCCUGAUUGUCCAGUGUUGGUAAUUGCGUUCCCACUAGUGCUUCUUCUUAGUUUUAGCUGAUAGGAGUGGAACCCCGUGUGGUCGUCUGCUACAGUAGCCCAUCCUUGACAAGGAUCGACGAGUUGUGCGUUCUGAAAUGCCGUUCUGCACACCACUGUUGUACUGUGCCGUUAGUGGCCAGCCUGUUAGCUUGCACGAUUCUUGCCAUUCUCCUUCGACCUCUCAUCAACGAGCUGUUUUCACCCACAGAACUGCCACUGACUGGAUGUUUUUUGUUUGUCGCACCAUUCACAGUAAACUCUAGACAUUCGUGCGUGAAAAUCCCAGGAAGCCGGCUCUUUCAGAGAUAUUGGAUCCGGUGUUCCUAGCAGACGAUAACCACGCUCAAAGUCACUUAGGCCGCUAGUUUGACACAUUCUAGCAUUCAAUCAAACAGUUACUGAAUGGCUCGAUGCCUGUCAGCCUACUUUAUAGAGCAAGCCACAGCCACGUGACUCACUGUAGGAGCAAAUCAUUUUGGUGAACAGGGUGGUGUACCUGAUAAACUGUGACACCCUUUGCUAGUUACUUUAUCAUGUGCUUUCUGUUUGGUCCUUGGGCAGCGUUUACACAGGCAACCAAAUUCUUAUGGGCAAAAUAAUUGUUCUGGUUGGUCAAAAGACCAAUUGGUGGCAAAAGAUCAUAAUUGGGCUGUCUGUGUAAAUGCAGCCUUUGUUGGGUUCUAGGUGUCAGGAACUCUGGUCUAAUGUAGAGCUACAAGUUAAUAUAACAGGUAUUUAAUAAACAGGCUACAUUAUACAGGUUGAUAUAACAGGUAUUUAAUAGUCCUGAUAUUUCUGACUAUACUGUAUAUAGAACCACGUCAGUCUUCCAUCCUAGAUUUAAGGAAGUGGAAGGACAUGAUUAAUUGCAGACUAUAACAAAAAUGGUUUUUAGGGUUUUAUUCCACUAAUGGCUGAGUUUAGGAUUAGGGGAGGGCAAGCUGAUCCUAGAUCGGCUGAGGUUAAGAUUAGGGGAGGGCAAGCUGAUCUGUACCUAGGGGAAGCUUCAACCCAGAGCCAUAAAAGGCAACAUUGCCGCAGGAUAGCCUGUUUACUGGGCCAGAGGUCCUACAUCUUUGACAUGGCACAAGGACUGCUUUCCUAAUAACUGGUUUCUAUAGAAGGGGAUGGGGGGUGUUUUACGUUCAUGCCAUUUAGGGCAACAAUCUCUCACUGUAUUUAUUUCAAAUAAAGGAAUUUGAUGUUUUCAUUAUUGGUGAAAAUUAAUGACAGCUACUCAGAAAUGCCUUAGGUUUUCAAAGCACAAUUAUGUCUCAUUCACUUUCUAUAUUCUUGUCAAAUGAUGAACUAUUACUCAGGCAACACAACGAUGUGUUUGACUGUGUUGCCAUUUUGUCCCUGGUGGAUAUCCAUUCACUGUUUCUUAUUAAAAUAUCUGCUAUAUUUACAA